AUGAUAGCUCAACUCCUACUGCUACUACUAUUCAUCUACUACAUAGCCAACGAAUUCUACCUAAAACGCAAAAAUCUACCCCCAGGGCCAACACCCCUACCCAUAAUAGGAAACCUACUCUCAUUGUACAACCAAACCCGCUGGGAACACAAAUUCAUUGAAUGGAAGAACAAAUAUGGCCCAAUAUACACCUACUGGAUGGGUAAUUUACCGUUCGUUUCUAUCAACGACCAUAAGCUGGCGUACAAGGUUUUUGUCAAAAAUGGCGCCAAUUUUGAAAAUCGCCUAGAUUCGAAAUUCAUUUUGAAGUAUUUGGGAAAUGAGGACAAGAUCAAAAUGCCAAUAGAAGUACCACAGAAGCAGAGGAAGUUCGCGGUUUCGGUCUUUAGGCAAUUUGGAUUUGGCACUCGGCAAAUUGAGGAAAAUGUAAGAAUUUUUUAAAAUUUUUUUAAAUAAAAAAAAAUUUUUUUAAUACUUUUUUUUUAUUUUUAAUGUGCUUAAAGACCUUUUUUAUAUGUUUUUGCCUAUUUUUUAAAAUCAAAUAUUUGAAUUUCAAAUUUCCCGCCAAAAUUUGGCAUUCUGUUUUCUGGCCUAUUUUCCCUAAACUUACCCAGAAAAUUUAAAACCUACAAAAACUUUUUCAAAAAUGACGUUUGCAAGCUGUAAAUUACUUUCCAAUCACUAAUUAUUAACCAAUUAACCAAGCCACACCCUGGAACACCCUUAAACCUUAGCUGACAUUUAAAAGCUGUCAAUUUAGCGCAAAAAUGUAUAAGUUCAAAAAAAUUAUUGAAGAUAAAGUUGUCAAAUUAACGAUGAUUAACAGUUUUUUUAUUUUUUUUACUGAUUAGGUUUGAAAUUAUGGGUGUGGCAAUACAAUGUAUAAUAAGCAAACUAUUAUUCAUAAUUUUACUGGUAUUGAUAAACUAAAUUGUUAGGAAAAACCUGUGGUUUGAUAAUGAUAAAUUUGUGUUUAGUAGUCGGGGUUGAGCAAAAGGCAGGGCACAGAACUAAAUCGUACAAUUGCAAGAGCACAGGGGAGGGCACGAAAAUCCUCCAUGCCAUGUCCUUUUAUGUAGCCUGUUUGUGUUACGAUAGCUUUCUCUAUAUACAUUUAAAAUAUUUUUUCUAGAAUUACAUAACAUUAUUUUCAGAUUCUAACUCAAAUUCAAUUCAUGUUUGGCAAAAUAAACCAAGGUUUGAGUUGCGGUGUAGAAGAAGUGGCACUUCAUAUUCAUACGGACUUGGCGGUGGGCUCAUUGAUCAGUGAAAUUAUUUGUGGCUACAAAGCAGACUGUCCUGUAAGUUUCUUUAAUGUUUUUUAUCAACUAACAGAACAAGCUAAGCAGCCAGUAUCUUAAAACUUAAACAAGCGGAACAAGCUAACCAGCCGAUAGCUUACAAACUUAGAACAAGUUAUCCAGCCAGUAUCUUAAACCUAAAAAAAUUGCAAUGAAAUUUAAUAGCAUUGUCAUCAUUCCUCUAUCCUUCCAGGCCAAUGAAAAACGUCUCCUCCACAUCAAAGAACAAACCGCUCGAGUAUCUAGUACUUCAACUAACUUAUGGAGUAACCUCAUCUUCUCCUACCCAUGGGUGCUUAACAUCCCAUUUGUGGCUAACGCCGGCAGAGAAGCGGCUUCAAUCUACGGUGAAAUACUCGAUUUCAUGGAAGAACAAGUCAACCUCCAUCUAAAACAAAACGAUUACACUGAAGACUACGAAGCUACAGACUUUGUCAACGCCUUUUUAGUCGAAAAGAAACGACAAGAAAACCUAGGCAAUGAUGUUAGUGAAUACACCGUAGAACAACUAAAAUCCAUGUGUUUUAACUUGUGGGUAGCCGGUCAAGAAACUACCAGUCUUACUAUAACAUGGGCUAUCGCGUUUAUUCUACGGCAUCCAGAAGUUCAGGAAAAGAUACAUGAAGAGCUAGAUUCUGUUCAUGGCUCAGAGAAAAUGAUUACGAUUGGUGAUAAACCAUUGUUGUCGUAUUGUAAUGCAGUCGUUUUUGAGGCCAUACGAUGUGCUAACUUGUUGGGGCAGAAUUUGACUCGAGUUGCUAAUGAUGACAUUGAAAUUGAAGGGUAUUUGAUUAAGAAAGGCACCGUGGUUUUCCCUCAAGUUUCUGUGAUUUUGCAAGAUGAAAAGGUAAUUUUUAAAAUUGCUUAUAUAAACUGAAGUUAUCAAAAAUUAGUGCUCUAAAUCUUUUUUUUUCUGGUUUUCAACUUUUAAUUUUUAACGAUUCAAGCCUAAUGCAAAUUUUAAACGUUAUGUUCUUUUAGGCCUUCCCAGAGCCCCAAAAAUUCAACCCAUCGCGGUUUUUGGAUGAAAAUGAAAAUCUGAAAAACACGUCAGAAUUUAUUCCAUUUUCACUUGGCCGUCGUAUGUGUAUUGGGGAGUCUUUGGCUAAAAUGGAGCUCUUUUUAAUCAUUGCAAAUUUGUUCAACCAGUAUAAGAUAAUGCCUGGUAAAGUAAUGCCUUCAGCUCGAAAAACCAGCGGCAACUCAACCGAUACUGAGCCUUAUUCUUGUCGGUUGGAAAAGAGGUGGUAA